AUGGCAACAAAACAAUUUUAUCUCUUGGGGGAGGCUCCGUCCACCGCUAGAGAAGUUGACCUGCCGCCGGCUGUUGACUUUGAGGAGCUUCAAAACAUUGUCGCAUCUCACUUUGCCAUUGUCAAGCCAAAUGGCGUUGGCUUUGUUCACGAUGAUCGAAGGCUCAAUGUAGCAUCUGAAGUCUUGGAUAAAGAAGAGCCAAUCGCUGUCUCCGUCAAUGGUAACGCUGUUCGUGAUGUGCCCGGCCCAGCUGGCAUUCCAUACUUCGGUAACUACCUAGAGAUCUACCCCGAUCAUCUCGGCAACCACCAGCGCCUAUUCGAGAAAUAUGGGCCGUUAUUUGUCACAAACAGCAUGGGCAACCGCCUCUACCAGACCAAUAGCGCCGAGCUCUCCAAUAUCUUCCUCGCCGAAGACCACUAUUUCACGAAAGACAUCGUCCCCGGCCAUCCCCUCCACCCAAUCAAGAACCAAGAAGCAGGCGUCUUUCUUGCCGAUACCGACACGGAGCAAUGGCGCCUUGCUCACAAAUUCCUCCCGCCCGCGCUUGGACCAAAAGCCGUUCGCCAUUACGCUCCCACCAUGCAGCGAACGGUAGAGCAGUCCUUCAAAGUCUUCGAUGAGCUUGAUGGAAAGGGCGAAGCGUGGAAUGUCUACCAGUACAUGCUGAAGCUUGGCUCGCAGGCAGUGGGUAAGCUUGUCCUAGGUAUGGACUUUGCGCAUUUCGAGGCAGUGGACUCGUCGCUGCAUGAGAUGGUUCUCAAGAUUGCUGAGAACCUGGAGCUGAAUAAGCGUGUGUCGUCUAUGGGAGCUUGGUAUGCUAAGAUGCCGUUUGGUGAUCCGAAGAAGGUUAGAGAUACGAUGGGGAGGAUUAUGGAGAUGAUGACGGAGUCGAUUGCCAGAGCUUCGAAGGGACAGGAAGAUCUGGAACUUCAAGAUGCAGCGCUCAAGGCUGAGAAUGUUGUCGACAACAAGGGCAACAAGCUGCCGCCCUCCCAAUUCGCCCCAACCUUGCUCGUAGCUACAGCCGCCGGCUUCACCACCACGUCAUCUUUGCUGUCCUGGCUGAUCUACAGUCUUGUCAAGUACCCAGGAAACCAAGAACGCCUUGUCCAAGAACUUAUCGACAACGACUGGGAUGAGGAUACACAAGUCACAGCCGAGACAACGAGCAAGCUAAGCUUCCUAGACAAGUUCAUCAAGGAAACCCAACGCUUGCACAAUCCCUCCUUUCAGCCCGGUCGCACCGCCAAGGUUGAUAUGAUCUUGCCAGGAGGUUACAGAUUACCCAAAGGCGCAGUAGUCAUCUCAGCACUGCAUCACAUGCAUAACAACAAGGACAUAUGGGAGAACCCGGGGCGCUUUGACCCUGAUCGCUGGGAUACAGAACAGGUCAAGAAUCGGCCCCCCGGAUCUUACAUCCCAUUCGCGACAGGCCCAAGAAUGUGCGUCGGUUUUAACUUUGCGUUGCAGGAGAUCAAGGUGUUUUUACCGAAGCUUGUGUAUCGGUACAAGUUCAGCUUGGCGCAGGACGGGCCUAUUGAGUAUGAUCCGUACUUCCAGCUGAUUCGGCCGAACAAUUUGUAUGUAAAUAUCUUGCCUCGACGACAAUUAGUUACCGCCCUCGCUACCCUCUCCGCGGCUUUACUACUCGUUACAAUUGAUCAAAAUGGCAUAUCAGUAACUAUCCCCACCAUUGCGAAAGACUUAGACGCCGGAGCUACCAUCUCAUGGGCUGGCACAUCCAGCUUGAUCGCCAAUACCUGUUUCCAGAUGCUCUACGGAAGACUCUCUGAUGUUUUUGGUCGCAAGGUUAUUUUCGUAUCUGCAGCGUUAUUACUCUGUGUGGCAGACUUGCUCUGCUCGUUGAGUCAGAAUGCGAUUAUGUUUUACGUCUCUCGGGCCAUCGCCGGUAUCGGCGGCGGUGGUGUUCAGAACCUUGUCAACAUCAUCAUCUCGGAUAUCGUCACUCUUGAGCAGAGAGGAAAGAUUCAAGGAGUUGUUGGAGGCACCGUUGGAUUGGGUAAUGUGAUCGGACCCUUCAUUGCCGCCGGUAUCAUGCAAAAGUCAUCAUGGAGAGUGUUCUUCUGGCUUUUGACCCCGUUGUCGUUCAUCACCGCGGUUUUAGCCUAUAUCUUUCUCCCCUCCAAGCCCCCGACUAUUGGCUUUUGGGAAGGAAUUUCCAAGAUUGACUGGGUGGGUUCACUGGUAUCAGGCGCUGGUAUUGUACUGCUUCUGAUCCCUAUCUCCGGAGGAGGUUCAUAUUUCUCAUGGGACUCGCCACUAUCGAUAAGCUUCCUUGCAGUUGGCGGUGCGCUGUUCAUAGCCUUCAUAGGAUGGGAAUGGAAGAUGGCAAAGCUUCCAAUGAUGCCCAGUAAGAGGACCUGCCUGAAGUUCGUUUCCAAGAUGAAUAUAACUGAUCAUUCCAAUUUAGUUGAUAUCUACAAGAACUCAAGCCUGGCUAUCAUGCUUGCCCAGAACUGUCUGCUCGGUGCUGUUUACCAGUCCUACCUCUACUACGUUCCACUUUAUCUCCAAAACCCUCACCAGUACAGUGCGAUCAAAUCAGCAGCGGUUUACACCCCAUUGGUGGCAGCGCAAAUGAUUGCUUCUAUUGGUUCGGGACAAUACAUCAGUCGCCGUCUCCGAUACGGUGAGGUGAUCAUAUUCGGUUUUGCUAUCUGGACUUUAGGGGCAGGCCUUGCGCUACUAUUUACAAGACAUACUAGUCCAGCCGUUAUCGCUGUGAUACUAGCCAUUGUCGGAACAGGAGUCGGGUGUAUUUUUCAACCUACCCUGAUCGCACUACAGGCACAUUCUCCGAAGAGCCGUCGCGCAGUCAUCAUUUCUAACAGGAAUUUCUAUCGUUGUAUUGGAGGCGCAUGCGGUCUUGCUGUCUCUGCAGCAGUCCUCCAAGCUCAAUUACGCGCUACUCUGCCAACUGCGUACAAGAGCCUUGCGAGCUCAACAUACGUGCUUCCGGAGUCAAUGCGCCAAGUUCCUGCGGUUUUGGAUGCAUACAUGUCAGCUAGUCACAGUGUGUUCAUAUUGCAGGUUCCUUUGAUUGGGCUUUGCUUGCUUGGCACGGCUUUUAUCCGAGACCGAGGGCUUGAGCCAGUGAAGGAUACGUAAAGUGACGGUAUACAAGAUUUGCAGGAGACAAAGACUUAUGGGCACCGCCUCUCUUCCAAGAGAUCUUGUGAAGGGAAUCGGGAUGAAUACUCCAUACCUACCAUGCUCAGGGUGAAGUCACAGGCUGUAGCCAGAACUAUUACAACGGCGCUACUUAUUACACUAAAGGCUGUUACAACAACAUUUAGGAUAUAGUAAAACAUACGUAAUGAAUUUCUUGUUGGGCCCGUGAUAUGCCCAUUGCCAUGGUCUUUUA